CGUAUGUACUUGAUGUAACAGUCGCUUUUUCAUAUUUGAACACUUUCGUAAAAUAGUAUAAUAUUUGGGAGUAGAUGUUUUAGCCUUCAUCCCUUCUCAAUGAGAGCACAACAGAUUGACAGCCAAUCAACAACGUGGAUUAGGCCUAAUCUAUGCGGACCGCCAGUGCUUAUGGAUCAAAAUACUUCUCAAGUUGUUCCUUCACAUUUAACAAACUCAGGUCAUUCGCAGCAAGUUAUGCUACAGCACCAACAACAAAGAGGUUCUAAUCCUGUUUUCCAAAGCCCCUUAAACGUUAUACAAGCCGGACCAGUCAGAUCAGGCUUGCAAAACCCCAGCCUUAUUUCACCAAAUCCAGCCUCCUUGGGAUUUAGACGACUAUUAGCGGAGAUGCGUACCAAGCAGUUUGAUUCCAUCCGCUUUGCAGCUUAUCGUACUGCGAGCAAGCUUAGAUUUAUUCAGCAGAGAACAUUAUUCAACAUAAUGGAUUUAUGGCGCGUGGUAGAGACAUUCAGAGAAUUCGGUUUACACCAAUUGAAUGAUCCACAAGCAAGUUUAGAUUAUGGUAGUACAUUCCGUUUACUAUCACGUAUUUAUUCACAUAUACCUACAACAAAUAUGAAUGUGAAUACCACAACUGAUGAAACUACACCAAGUAACGCAAUCAAUCGACCUGCAAUAAUUAUUGCAGCAGAAAUCCUACUUGGUUGGCUUGGAUAUGCUUUGGACUUAUGUGCAACUGGCCGACUUAGCGUAACUGGACUAAAAAUAACCUUAUCAACAUUAACUAAUGCGAGGCCAGCUGAUAAAUUUCGAUAUCACUUCACUCUUUUGUCUGAUCCCUCUGGUGCAUUAAUUUUCUCGAAAUUCGAGGCUUAUCUUCAAGAUUUACUCAAAUUACCUAUAAGUGUUUUCGAAGGCACAAAUUUCUACUACACGCCACAAGCUUCACAAACAAUGUUUACUGGGCGUUCUAAAAACGUAGUCCUUGAAGAAUUUCUGGAUCGUAUGCUAUCGGAUCAAGGACCACAAAUAUUAGUAUGGCUUACGAUUUUUCACCGGUUAAUCAGUGUGGCGAGUGUCCGACAUAACGUACGAUGUGAGGGUUGCAAACGUGAACCGAUUUGCGGUCUACGCUACAAAUGUACUCGAUGUCCUCACUAUAAUUUGUGUCAAGAUUGUUUUUGGAUUGGCGUAACCACAGAUCAGCAUACAAAUGCACAUGAUGUGAAAGAAUAUAGUGCUGCUUCAAAAUCUCAUUCCCGUCAGUUUGGACAUUCUUUGAGAAAAUCGUUUCAAUUUGGACGGGCCAUUACUAACUCCACAACAUCAAAUGUUGUUACUACAUCUUUCACAAGUAGCUUCAGUGAACGUCAGAAAUUUUAUGGCAUGAAUGUUGCUCGUCGUCCUCAUGUAGGAUCUAUAUUCGAAUGGAAUUCAGACCCUUCUGUACCAACCGGCAUUAUUUCUUGCGUAAACGGGAUUGCUUCAGCUGUACAACCAUCUUCUGUAUCGAACGACAUUGCAACGGGUAUUUCUGCUGUAUGUCAUCCAAGCCAACCUGUUUCAAAUCAGAGAUUCAUGGCACCAGUGAAUACUAUUUGUAGUCCAUUGCCAAAUCGGCGUUUGCAACAGCUCAAUCCUUUAUUUUUAGCAACUCGACCGAGCACUAACUUACCUAAUCUCACAUAUGUACCUCCCCAACCUGUACAAGUUCAACCUUCCCCUAACAGUUUGAACGAAUCGAAUCAAGGAUCGAGUGGUGUUGCACGAAAUUUAGUGGCCGUUACCUGCUAUACAAAUGUAAUGCAACAACAAGACAUGAUUACUGCAGACUAUACAAGAGCCGGACACAGCAUUUUAUAUUCUGAUGUACCUCCUGGUUCACACAUGCCCAAUCUGUCAGGAGCAAAUCAUCAACCAUUACCUAUAUCAUGUUAUUCUCAACCUACCACAGACAUUUAUUCAAUUGGUGGUAGUCAAAAAUAUCAAUUAGCUACUACAACAACUGGACAGCCAGCUAUACAAUCUACUCCCAUAGUAUCUGUGAUUAAUAGCGAUAAUUUGAAUAAUUCAAGCAUGGGAGCUAGUUUCUCGUUGAAAACGCACAAUCUUGAUCAAAAAUCUAAUGAAGAACAUAAUUUAAUUGCUAGAUAUGCUGCUCAGUUAGCUGCUGCUUCAGCGUUAAACCAAGAAUUCGAUAAAUUCGGUGAUUUUGUUGAGUCAACACAAACUCAAAAACAAUUAAUCGCUCAACUACAAGAAAAAAACAGAAAAAUACUAAAAGAGAUUGAACGAUUACGAGUUGAACAACAAAAGCAAGCAGCAUUUAUUGCUGCUGCUGGUUCCCUCAAACAUGAUUCUUCUGAGUUACAAGAUGUUUGUGACGAAGGUGCUGGUACACUUAGUCCGACAAAUUUAAAACAGUACUUAAAAACAGAUAAUUUAUUGGCCUCCGGAGUUGGCAAUUCAGUGAAUUCAGAAAAUCCUCGUUUGGUUGCUGAUCUACAGGCGCUUCGCCAAAGAAAAGACGAACUGGAGUCGAGAAUGAGUAAUCUUCAGCGUAGUCGAACAGAUUUGAUGUUACAGUUAGAAGCAUUAGUAAGACUUUUAUCUGUCAGUACAGGAGCUACUAAUGCACGUGACAAUAAUCCUUCAGCGUUACUUGAUCUAAAUGAUAUUCGCCGAACAGGCCACAAUUCCCGACUAAAUCAAAAAGUUCCAGAUUAUCCACCAAGACGAAGUACAAGUUUAUGUGACCCAUCAGUUGGAAGAAGUUAUCAAGACAAUUUCUCUGCAGAAAGUAGACAUGAUAGAACGAAUGGUGUUCAUCCGAAACCCGGUUCCUCGGAUAAUAUGAGUAAAGUAUUUUCCCCUUUAAAAACAAUUACGAUUGAAGAAAAAGGCGGACAAUGGAAUUUUAAAUUUCCUGAUGAUAAAAAGCAUGAAUUACACUCACCUUCAUCUAUUCCGUACAGGUACUGAAAAUGUUUUGAUGUUUUUAGGUAGUAGGUGAUUGUUUUACAUCACACAACAAUUCGUGAUGAAAUAUCCCAAAAAAAUUUAUUUAAAUAUUUUUAUCAUUCUCUUGCAAUUGGUAAUUAGACUUACACAAAAGGAUCCAAAGUUACGGGGACAUUAUGAUAUGUAUCGUGAAAGAAACGUGUUAAUCAUAUAUCCUAAGUACUGUGUUGCGACCUUAAUUUUUUCACCAAAAUACUCUCAUAUACAAUUUAUUUUAGUCGACCUUAUUCUUCUGACAGUGAAUUUUAGAUAUCUUAGAAUUUUAUUUUGCAUGAUAACCUCUAAUUGGCCUACCGUUAAGGACUGUAACCUGAGAAGUAGGAUUUAUAUCAUUCGGAUUAUUACAUUUAUAAGUAAUCAACAUUUGAAGUAACUACCCUUCAACAGUGUUUUCAGAUUAUUAUUUUGAAGCACUUAAUGAAUACAUUGUUAAAACUGAUUGGUUUGCUCUAAUUUUCAAUAGCACCAACUGGGUGACCAGUUAGUGCUAGUUUCAUUCCUACCACUCCUCGGAAGCGUAUAUCACAUUAUUUGAAGUAUUUACAGCGUGAAGUUAAACAGUGAUGACUUCAUACACAGAUAGCGUGUCUUAUAUAUAAUUUAUCACACUGAAAUAUUUUUUUGUAAGUGCUAAUUUUAUGUCGACUAAGACUUGGAAUGUUUUUUGUUUGUGAAUGAAAAGUUUAUUGAAUACCUAGUCAACAAUGAAAUCGUGAAAGAAGGUGUUGUAAUAAUGAAUAAUUAAUUGAGUAAGCCAGCUGUCAAAAGACCAGAAACAUCUUGCUGUUUCUAUAUCCACCUGAAAAUGAGGAAAAUUGUUGAAAGAUAAGAUCAUAAACUGUUAAAACAUGAAGUCUAUUUUAAAUUCUUCUUCGCAUGAUGCCCUGCUUGAUUAGAAGUUGCACGUGUAAUUUUCAGUAGGAUUAUAUUUAUAACUUUAAACGCUAAUGAAAUUCCAUAUCAAAAUAUUUGUUUCCAACAAGGUCGCCUUUUAGAUAUGAUCUUUCCUUACUUCUCAUCUUGAGUCAUCCCACCAACAUAUUUUUCAGACACCAUUAGGACGACUUAUAGACAAAAGGGUAAUAUUAGGUAUUUUGAUGUCUUAUAAGUUUCACUUAAAAAUUUAAUGAUUAUUUUCCGAUCUUUAACAUAGUAGGGAGACUUGAGCACCUGAAAAUCACAGGUGAAUGUAUUUCAACAAAUAGCACAGUAAACUUCCUCUAUUCAACCAUUGUAUUCUGUACUUUAUCGUUUCAUACUUAAUUUUAUAGACAUUCGCCUGAACAUGGUCAACAACGACCAUCAGAUACUCUGAUUGAAAAGUACAAAGAUUUAUUAUAUAAAGGGACAAAUCCACAAAUUGGAGCAUCAAAAUCAUUAAGAGUGCAUUUCGGUGGGCGAAGACCCGAUAUAGGACAGACCUUAUCAGCUGAUGAUAAAACUGAGUUUUUUGGUCAUAAUUCAGUAAAUGUGAACAGAUUGUCAUCAAAUCAUUCAUCACAACAUACAAAUCACUCGGACAGCGGAUCAGAUGCAUAUUUAUACUCAGAUCCUGAAUUAUGCUUUACAGUCAUUACAUCUACCUGCGGUUCAUCACAAUCUAGCACUUCAGUACCACAAAGAACAUUACAAUUACCACAAUUCCAUUCUAUAACUCCAUCAGCUGCUAAAACUUCAAAUAAAUCCAAAGAUUUUCUAGACCUUUUAAACGAUAAAAUUAUAACAACAACUACAAUUGUAGAUAAUUAUGAAUACGCUGGUUUACAGUCAUCAUCAAUCUCACCAUUAUCAUAUUCGUCAAAUGAACAUACUAAACAUUUCAGAACUAACGUUACUUCAAACAUUCCAGCUACAACUAAUCCUUAGCGAAACAGUAUUCAGCAGUUAUUGUGAUCAAAUUGGAUAUAUAUGUAUAUAAAAUAGGACAAAAUAAUUGAUUAUUAUACAAUCAUAUUCGAGUAAUGCUUCAUAGAAAUGAACAUUCUUUUGAUUUUAAACAAAAAAGGCAGAAAAUACAAAUCCAUAUCAUGAGCAACAAACAAGCGAAUCUUGAAAAUUUUGAUUCAUAUUUCAUCUCAAGCUUAGCAGAAGAAGGGCAGUAAUCUUUUUUUGUUGUUUCUUAUCUUAUUUCAUUUAACUUACUCUCUGUUUUUUUAUCGUUCAUUGUUAAUCAUUUGUAACGUUGAUUAAAGAUUGUCAAUGUAAAUGUAAUUGUUUUCUCCAUGUAAACAAGCAGUUGUUUAUGCUUUCAAUUAUGUUUGUUGUACGUAAAAAAAAGAAUUCACUUCCAUCACCAUUUAUACUUUAUAUAUAUAUAUAU